AUGUCCUUGUGGGUCAGCCUUACUUGCUCAAAGUUCGGCUGGCUCAUUGGGCUCGUCGGUGGCUCUGCCUCGUCAUCCCUAAAGGGGGCUAGCUCAGACGGGCAUCGGAUGAUGAUAGGUGUCCUAGUUCCUGCUGCUCCCCCGCCUGCUUGUGUUGCUGCUGUUGCUGGAACUGUCGCUGCUGCUGCUGCUGCUGCUGCUGCUGCUGCUGCUGCUGCUGCUGCUGCUGUUGUUGCUGCUGCUGCUGCUGCCGCUGCAGUUGUUCCUGGUCUUGUUGCAGCAGUAUUUGUUCCCGCUGUCCUUCCGCCUGCCUUGGCUGCUGCUGCUGCUGCUGCUGCUGCUGCUGCUGCUGCUGCUGCUGCUGCUGCUGCUGCUGCUGCUGCUGCUGCUGCUGCUGCUGCUGCUGCUGCUGCUGCUGCUGCUGCUGCUGCUGCUGCUGCUGCUGCUGCUGCUGCUGCUGCUGUUGCUGCUGCUCCUCCUGAUUUUGUUCCUGCUGCUGUUGCUGCUGAUCCUGCUGCUCCUGUGGCAAGUAGGAGGUCAUUAACGAGGCUGCUUGUGACAACGAAUACCUCUCCCAAUUUCAUCGAGGUCGGCUCCAGCGGUCCUGCUCUAACUUCUCUAGCACUCACCCUUGUUACAGUGGGGUGUUCUGCCGCACGUGUAGCAGUUCCGGUGUUGGUCCCUGCUGCCUUGCCUCCCUCCUCCCUGUUCCUUUUGGCGUUUAUUGCUGCUGAUAUAGGUGCUACAGUUCUCUGUGCUGGGCCGGCUGCAUAUGUCCCCGUCACCACUUCCCUAUCUUUACCCCCUCUGCCCCUCAGUGCUGCAGCUGCAGCGGGGCGCUGUUCAUUCCGUGCUUCCCCUGCCGCAUCCGUACCCGUAUCCCCCGCCCCCUUCAAACCUCCCCUACCGUCGUUCCCAGCCGUCUGCACGAGUAGGCUGCUUGUGCUUCCCACCUGUUGCAUUCCCGGCAUCGGGCUGAAGGGUAGGGUUGUCGCCGGAGCCUCUGGGCACGGCGAUGGGGCAGUAGGAGUCGGUGCAUGGGCGAGUGGAGAUGCCGAUGCUGGAUGUGAUUCUUUUGGAGGGGAGCUUGCUGAGGAGAUUACAUUGAGAACAGCCGUAGCUCCUCUGAUAGUCUCGGUGACAAGGGCCUCGGUUCCAGGUGAAGGUGCCGUUGCUGCAGUGGCGUCACGAGCGUGUGUGCCUGCUUCCCCGCCAAGUUUCCCUCCCAACAGUCCCUCAGCCGCGCCCAGGUCCCUCUGGCCUGUGUCGUUCGUGCCUGACGGCCUUGGCGCAUCUGGUGGCGCUGCUGCAGGUGUUGCUAUGGCUGAAGGCGCUGGCGUGAUAGUAGCGCCAUUUCUGCUCGCCGGCGUGUGCGCACCUGCUCCGCUGCCUAUCUCUCCGUCAAAUCCCUCUCCUGAUGCCGUCCAGCCGUCACCCCCAGCUCCUGAGUCGUGUGAGCGCUCAGAAGCUGCGAAUUCUGCUUCUUCCAUUCUCUCCUGCCGCCCCUCCAAAUUCCCCUCCACAGCUUCCCCCUCGCUGUUCGUGAGCUGCGCUUGCCUGGCGCGCAGCAGGUCCCGUGUCAGCGUCGCAGUGAAAGCGGCGCCAAGGCGCCUCCUGACCGUUUUCAGUGGGGAAUGCAGUGGGCGGCCUUGGCGUGUGUUUGAUCGCGUGCCUAGGUAA